AUGACUUUCAUGAACCUUAUCUACCUAGGAAUGCUCACCAAUCGCAUCCCUGUCCUCUCCACAUUCAUCCCCUCCCUAAUCACCGACGAAAACUCUGCCAUCCCCGUAGCUUUCAGCGAGGUCUUUGAUAUUCGGGGACUCAGCCAAGCCCUGCGUAUGCCCAUAUUAGAAUGGCACGAGGUCAAAAAUAUAUCGGGGUGGCCUCGCCCAUUUCCCAAUAAUGUCGAAGAGAUGGAUGAAUUAGGCUGUUGGAGCGUUUGGCAGGCUGUAAGGGAGGCGCACAAGGAUCCAAGAAAUAGCUUUAUCCCGAUGAUGCUUUCGUUGGAUAUCUCUUACACGAAAGCUCCACCGUAUGUCAAACUUGAACCAUUGUCCGAAGACGGUUUGCACGCGACAUUCUGGCCCCUCGCAUCACUUGGAUUUCCCCAUGGACGCGCGGAGGCAUCUGCACUGGCCGCUCCAAUGCCUUCGGACGUCGGAAAGGUGACCUUGCCCCCAGACGACCAGAUGCUCUGUUACGAUUACUUGUUUUAUGUCGGCGCGAGUAAGGCGUUCGAGUUCGAGUUUGACUACUCCCCAGCGUGGCGGUUCGUCGGGCAAUACAUGCGCUGGGCUCCCAGGAUCGAACAAAUUGCAGAUAAAUAUAUCCGUCGGGCCUUUGGCGUCACAGACCCCCAAACGCCUACACCACCCUGGAUAACGAUCCACGCACGACACGGUGAUUUUAAAAGCGCGUGCUCGCCUAACCUCACGACACAUCAACUCCUCACGAGGUGUUUUGCCCCUAUCAAGGCUAUCGCGCGUCGCGUUGAGGAGGUGCGUAGUGAGAUCCUUGCGCGGAAGGGUGUGGAUGUGAAGCAUGUGGUUAUGACGAGCGACGAGAAGGAUGUCGGGUGGUGGGACGAGGUUCAGGCGCGGGGGUGGUAUAGGAUGGAUUUAGCCGCUGUGAGGGCAGAUGAGGGGGCUGGUAGUGAAUGGUUCCCGGUGUUUAUCGAUGCAGUAGUUCAAUCUGGCAGCUUGGGAUUUGUGGGGAACCAUGGGUCAACUAUGUCGCUCAUUGCUCAGAGGAGAGUUGAGAGUUGGCAUGAUGGUGUAGUUAGGAUGGUUAAGUGGGGUUGGAUCGGUGCUGAUAAUGUUGAUUGAGGAACUUUCUGAACUAUAGUAUAUAGAGCCACGGACUCCUUCGAUCACGGAACCAUGUAGUAUCUUGCUUGUCGUACAAUUACAUCUAUCGGACCUUCACCUGUACCA